UGCUUCUAAUUUAUUGGCUUAUUUUGUUGUUUUACUUUAUCAAGUAUUGGGAGAAAGUGAUUUGCUAUUGGUAAGCAAAUUGUUGGAAAAUUUUUCGCUGAUUUGAUUGACAUCUUUGGGAGUUCAUGUUAACUCAAUUCAUUGAUUUUCUUAUUCUAUAAGUUAAUUUGACAGAAUUUUUUCCCACUUUCUUCACUGAUUUCCUUUCUUCCUCUUUUCCUAUUGAUUUUUGAGCAACAAUAUUCGUCGAUCAAAUCAAUGGUUAAGAGAAUCACUAAUCAGAAAUCGACGACAAUUUUGGACAUGAAGAUUGUGUAAAUUGUACUGUGAUCAAUGACUUCGAUUAAAAUGUCUCCUCGAAACAAACACGAGCAACAUUGACCUGAUUUCGUCCAUCAAUUGAUUCAAACUUCCGUCCGUUACCAUUGGAGUUUCCCUAAUCCAAAUCAAUGGGUUCAUUUGAUUUAACUCGUGAUCGAAUCAGACCAAUCAAUACAUUGGAACCUUUAAUUCACCAAGAAACUGAACUUUUAACAUUUUCACCGAUAAUCGGUCAACCCCAACGAAGUCCAUUGAUCAAGAAAAACCUGAGGCGAUACAAGAAACAUUCCCAAUUCCAAAGACGAAGUGGAACAUUUUUAACGCUAAAAUAUGGAUUCGUUGUUUUCGUCAUCGCCUCGAGCGUUGCCACUCUCUGUGAUAUUGAUAAUCUAACAACUGAUCUAUUUUCCGAAUUGCAAACCAAUCAAACCCAAGGAUCAAACAAUUUAACCCUCGAUUCUAACAUGACAAUCUACUCACCGAUAAUCAAUAAACCAACAAUCAGUCCAAUCACCAAUUUAACACAACCUUUAAUUGAACCAGUUAACCAAAUGGUUCCGAUCAUUUUACUUCCGGGUAACAUGAGUGUCUCAACGAGUUAUCGGGAUUACGUUCACCACAAGAUGAAAGUACCUUUGUAUGUGUACAUGGCCGUGUCCAUCGGAGUCCUAUUUAUGGCCAUAUUUGGACGGACGAUGGAAAUUUUUUUCAUUCCCUUCGGGUUCGGGAUUUUCAUGCUGAUUGAAAUCGGAAUCAUGUUCGGAUUGUGUUUCAAAGAAACGGAAUUUGGCCUUGGAUAUUCAUCGCAACUUUGGAUAAUUUAUAUUCUUCAUGUGAUUUUUUCAUUCUCAUAUUCAUUAAUUAUCUUAAUUAUGCAUCAACAUCUUUGAUCAACGAUCAAUUCAAUUACAAUUUAAGAUCUCAAUCAGAUUAGAAAUCAAUUUAUCACAACAAUCAAUAUGCAUUUAGAGUUAAUUGUUUACUUGCUAAUCUUUUUUCUCGCUCAAAUUAAUCAUUAGUAAACAUUAAAGCCUUUCAAUUGUAACAAUCAACAAGAUUUAAGUUAAUCAACUUGUUAAUUGUAUAAGAUCAAAUCAAUUAAUUAUCCAAUUUUCGCAAUAAACUAAAAUUUGAUUUCUUUGUAUU